AUGAGAAAUACGUUAAUCAAUUUGGCAAUUAUCUUUUGUUGUCUUCAAGCGACAUCGAUAUUUGCUGAGCAUCAAAUUGAACUACAUCCCGUUUAUAGCAAAUCGAACAAACAUACCGGAUAUACUGUAAAGAUGUUGAUUGGUGAACCGAAAAAAGAGUUCUCUCUACUUUUGGAUAUUGCUACCGCAAUUAUUUGGAUUUAUCCUUCUAAAUAUACAGAGAUACUUCCGAAAAACAAGCAAGCGUACACAUUCCUGCAAUCACAAACCUUCAAGAAAGAAAAUCCACUUUUGUUGGUUGAAACUUACGGUUCCAGAUCAGUUGCAUUGUGUACGGAAUGGGAUAAGAUUUCGUUUAAUUUACUAGAUGGAACACAUGUUGAUUUCACAAGUUUUCCAUUCUGUAAAGUAAAGAUUAUCAUAUGGCCUAAACGCGAAGAUUAUCAACGAAUCGAUGGUUUAUUUGGUAUUGGCAUUCCAUAUGGAGUUUCUGGCAGUUCUUCUUCCUGGAAUAAUCGAUCAUAUCUAGUUAUUACCAUUGCAUUGCCACCAAUGGAUUCUAAUAAAACAGCGAUUUUAACGCUUGGUGGACGUAAUAACCAAUUAUGCGAUUUGAAUUAUGAAACCACUGAGACAUUUCGUAUGAAGUAUGAAAUCACUGAAUUGCUUCGUUUGAUUAGUGUAAACAUUGGGCAGCAAUCUCGUGUAUCUCUUCCUCCUUCUCAUCACAUGGCAUCAAAUCAUUUCGAAAAUCAUUAUGAAUUCAAAUAUAACUCCAUCAAGAUGGGCGACAUGAUGUCUUCUAUUGUAUCAUUUGCUUAUCUGAACACUAUUGAGCCGUUUAUCAGUGUUCCGGAUAAAUUCCUGCGUAAAAUCGUUACGAAUCUCAAUGCAACGUUCGAUUCAUCAGAGAACAAAUAUAAGAUAGAGUGUAAGGGACCUGUCCCUUAUGAUACAUAUCAACCAUUCGAGAUAUCCACCGAUAGUAACACUUACGUCGUUCCGCCACAACAUUUCAUAAUCAAACAUAAUCCGGACGAUAUAUUAUGCGAACUUGCGUUCAGAAAGAGUGAAAAAAUUAUUUACUAUUUAUCUAAGCCUGGAACACUACUCGAAUCAUACGAAGAUAAUGAUCCAAAUGUAAUUGUGCUUGGAAUACCAUUCUUCCAUCAAUAUUGCGUUACGUUGAAACCACAUGAUCAUAAUAUUAUUUUC